AUGGAGACUUCAAAUCAACUUGAAAUGAUAUCUAAACUACGACAACGUCUUUUACGCCUAAUUAAGUUAGGUGAACCAAAUGAAUUACGUUCAAUAGCACAAACAGAUAAUGAUAAUAAUAAUGCAAGACCAUCGAUUGAUCUAACAGCAUAUGUUGAAGAAUGUGUCCGAUGUCUUUUCAAUACUUCAUCUUCAGUUGAAACGUUUAUUCAAGAUGUACAACGAAUAUUAAAUGUUACCAUUAAAAGUAGUUUAACUCUUUUUCUUGCUGAAACAAUUCCACUAGCACAUCGAUAUCUACAACAACGUCAAUAUGACCCAUUGUCAUGGGAAACAUUUAAAACAAUUACAUUACAAACAUCACUAUCUAAUAUUAAUUCUAAUACGACUAAUCAAUCAACAAAUAUGACUCGACUUCCGUCCCUACAGCAAGCAUGUUUUCGUCUUCCACCAUUAUGUCCACAACUAAUUGAUCUUACUUCAUCAGUAUCAAGUCGUUCGAUACAAGAACAAUCAUAUAUAACACCUAAUGUACGAGCAGAUGCUAAUCCAUAUGAGCAAAAAUUAAUUAAUCGUUUUGCUCGACAUAAUUUUUAUUUAAAUGAAUAUGGUGAACAUUUAUUUCUACACACAUUAUAUACAUUUCUUAAAUAUAUUAUUCGACGUCUUCUUUUUUUCACUCAACAUAGAAUUGAUACACGAUUGUUAGAUUCAAACAUAUAUGACAUGACAAGUAAUGUACGUGAACAAAUGCGUUUUCUAUUUGAAUUAAAUAAAGUACAAAAUGGCGAAUCAAAUAAUAAUCUUAGCAAUGGUAUAUUUCAACGAAAACCCGAAUCGACUAGUAUAAUUGAUGAAGAGCAAAAACGAACACGAAUACGUGAUUACCAAUCAUCAGUUAUUGAACAAUUACGUCAAAAAGAAGCGGAUGAAACAGCAUGUCUUGUUUUACGUCAAAGUCGUUUAAAACGACAAAAAAUAUCAAAUAAUAAUCGAAACUUCAUGCCAACUAGAAUUCUUCGAGCUAGUUUACAAGAACUUAUUGCUGUCAUGGAAAGUGAACCAAUAUUAAAACGAUCGAAAACAUUAUUAUUCGCUUAUGCAAAUAGAUGA